AUGGAUGCAAGUGACAACGGCAUAGUAGCACUGACAAAGACGGCUAAAUGUGACUACGUGUACAACAAGAAUAAACGGUACACGCCAUUGUUGCGCGCAAAGAACAGCAGUGUCUACUCGAGUUUAUGCUUCGUAAACAAGUAG